AGUACGAUCUGUAAACUAUCUGCGCAUGUACAAAUAAUAGCAGUGAAUCCUCCUUUGUUAGGAGACGAGGAUUAAGUCUGUUGCAUCGACUAAGCUCUCUGACAGUAAAUUACUCACUCGCUCCGGUAGUGCCUGGAUGUAAAGCAAAUUUCUAAGUGCAGUGAUGCGAUUAGAUUGAUAGUACUCUGAGAAAUCGGGACCGCAAGUACUGUGGAGACCAUUAAAACAAGCGGCGUGCAGCUGCGGCGGCGGCCACUCGAGCGGAACGCUCGGCCCCCGAGCCCGCCCCCCGAGCACGCACAAAAAUCAACAUAAAUAACAAUACACACCCCUAUCUCAAACACUAUGACAUGACCGCACCGAAGAAUGACUCAAGAAUCUACUAUAACGCCAAACGAAAACUAGCUUUAUGUCUCAGAGCACAAGUAACAAAAUUGCCAAAAAAAAUCUACCACCUCUCCAGAAAUAAAAGUUAACAUUAAGUGUGCAACAAUUGAAAAAUAUUUCGUCUCUUUCGUCCAUUCAAUAGAUAGAUCCCUCCACUUUCGGACGCUUUUAUUAAAUUUAUUGUCAAAGGAAUGUAUAUAAAAGUUGUUGAAAUGAAAAAGGGGACCAGUUUCAUUUCGAACGUCAGUGAUACCGUAGUGCUCUAAAAUGUUUUCCGAACAACGUUACUCUAGGCUGUUCAGGCCCUGGGAUGUGAGUGAUAGUACCGAAACCAACAACGAUGGACAGACAAACUGUGAUAAUACAGAUGCGGAAAUUAAAACGAAAAAGAGGAAAAUGGACGAAAACAAAAGGGAAAAUCGUUUGCGGAAAAUUCGCGGCACUUUUAAGAAAUCGGACACAAGUCAUCAAGACGCCACUGUGUCGACGACGACGCGAGAGGGUGAUGAAGAUGUAAAGCCAGUUAUUGACGCUAACUCUCCUGUUGAAAAAUUAACAUUAUGCUGCGAUAGGCUUCUACAAGAACCGACGAAACAAGAAGAAAUAGAAAAACCAGCUGCUGCUUCUAAAACGCCAUCGUUCCCUCAACUACCCCAAAUGCCUGCGUACAGUCCAAAUUACAUGCCUGACUACCUCCCGACCGCAGACAUCGCGCACGCUCUCGGGGUCCCUCCCACCGACCCUUUACUCCUAGAAUCUCUGGCACAAGGCUACGCCAUGGAGCUCGAAUACGCCAGAAUCCUUCACCAAGAAAACGAAGCAAAACUCAACGCGAAGAAACAACGACCAAAGAAAUACAAGUGCCCUCACUGUCACUUUGGGUUUUCCAACAACGGGCAGCUAAAAGGUCACAUAAGAAUACAUACUGGGGAAAGGCCUUACAAGUGUGAUGAGAAGAAUUGCGGGAAGACGUUUACAAGGAACGAGGAGUUGACAAGGCAUAAGAGGAUACACUCUGGGGUGCGUCCGUUUCCUUGCUCUACGUGUGGGAAGAAGUUUGGGAGACGAGAUCAUUUGAAGAAGCACACUCGGACGCAUUACGUGCAGGCAGAGAGGAUGAUGCCGGUGUUCGUGCCGCUGUCUGCGAUGCCACAUGUGGCCGGCUUCCCUUACCUGUACGGGUAUUGAGGAGAUUUAGAAUAAUUUUGGGAAUUAUUCAAAUGAUAGUAGAGCUAUCAAAGUAUAUAAUUGUUUAGCUUUGCGGUACACGCGAUUGUAUGAACCAGAAAUGGAAAAUAUCAUGUUACAAUUUUCUGGUUAGUGACCGACGAAUAAGCAGAUCUGAUGAAAUGCUUCUAAAGACCUUGAUCUGUAUUUCAUUGUAACAAUGUUUAGUACAAUAUAAGUAACUAGUUUUAAUUUGUGUGUCUAUCGAGCUUUGAAGAUAAAGUAUACUUGUACAUAUAUAAAAGUUUAUAAAUUAAAAUAUUUUUGUGAUGAAUAUUGCGCCUAGGAAAUUACUAAUUGUAAAUAUAGAACAAUAAAAGGACCUACAUGUUUAAAGACCAAACAAAGUUGUGAAUAUACCAUAGAUAUAAAUUAUAUGACUGCGUUGAAAUUAAUAAAUAUAUUUUGUACUUCUAUUAUGUUGUUUCAUCUUUCAACAGUGCCUAUUUUUUAAUUUUCUUUACAGUUUAUAAGCAUACCUACACACCACGGAAAUGGCACGCCACCGCGCCGCCGCCGUAUAAUUUAAAUAACUAAGAUGGCCCUUAUGUGGACAACGUUACCAACAUUUUUACUUGUCUCAACAAUGUAUUAGCAUUACCUUAACAUGCAAGAAAAACACAAGUAACAUAAAACUAGAGGUUGCCUAAAAUUUGCACAGAUCUAUAUUAUAAGAACUCGCGGCUCCGACCGUGUAGCGUAAAGUUGAUUAUCGCUGUAAAGUGUAAUACCUCUCUUAGUUUUUAUACAAAAUUAGUUAUACAUAUUUGUUAUUCUAUCUAGGCCGUGCCACACAAAAUUAUUUUGUAGUUCUUGCGUAAAAGAGCAACAUUCAUCCAUACAUCGUCAAGAACAUUCCAGUUUAUAAUUGUAGAAUAACAAAAAUAUUCUUUGUAAUUUGUAAACAUCAAAAUACUUGUGCUUAUUUACUGUUUAGUCACUGUAAAAUAAUUAUAAAGUCAAUUUAUCUAAAU